AUGUUCGUUCUAGGUGUUGACUUGUCAUCACGAUACAAUUCCUAUACCUAUACUGCUAAUAAUUCUCUAUUUGGUUUUACUGCUCCUCCCCCACCACCGCCACCACCGCCACCACCAACAUCACGCUCAACAAUAUCACUGUCAACAGAUAUGGCGUCGUUUGGAUCACAAGAUAGUAGCAGUUAUAUGCAGGCUCCUGCAGCACCACAACGUAUGUCGACCAUUAGUAUGGGUCAAAAUGUUGAUGCUCCACUUCUCAGUAAACUGAAAGAUAUUCGAUCAACAAAAACAAUGAUUGAAGAACUUAUUAAACUUCAAUCCCAGGACGGCUCAUUUACGUUGAAUAAAGAUUUAGCUGAUGUACUUCACAUCAAUCUUGAUACUUUCAAUGGCCUUGAACGCUAUUUAUACGAACAAGGUUUUAAUUCACUCGGUAAGAUCGAAUAA